CCUGCAACACCAUGUUUCUGGUACCCGAGGCGGCAGACCGAGGAUACCGAAGAACGUGAAUUCUUGCGUCAUUUGAUUAAUGAGAAGAAGGAGGAACAGGCUAAGAGGAGAGAGGUAGAGGAGAAAAGGAGGAUGGAUGAAAUGAUAAGGCAAGAGAUUGAGCGUAGCUCUGAGGCAAUCGAGGCGAGAGUCGUGUCUAAGAUUGGUCAACAGUAUCCGGCAGCAAGGGAUGAAGCGAGGAGGGAGGAGAUUCGGUCGCUUUAUACGCGUGCAACUGUUAAUGUACCUAAGGAGAAGGAAGUUCCUGACUAUGCUGAUAAAAGGAUUGAAGAGAUUGAGGAUGAAAGCACGAAGCUGUAUGAAUUGCGCGAGAAGAAGCAGAAGGGGAAGGAACUUGUUGGAGGUGCUGCUCGGCGACCUUUCAGGCAGCCUGUCUUUGAUCGAGAUGGUGCAGUGGACGAUGCCCCUACCCGCGGCGAAUCUUCAUGCAUGGCUGAAGACAGAGGGCGAACUAAGAUUGCUGCGGGCAGUGGCCCGGAAGGUAUUUUGGCUUAUGUGUUGGCUCAAAGACGCCUUUUUACUCCCAAGACCAAAGACCAGUUGAAGAUCAUCUGUGCGCAGGAGGGGGUGACCUAUACAACUAAGGCGCCGACGAUUGAAAAGAUUGUGGAAGCCAGGGCUAAGCUGGCUUACAAGGGUUUUGUUUUCUCCCCUUCCCCAUCUCCUGUUAGUGAUGAUGAGGAUCAGACUCCUUUCAAAGRGCAGCUCAACAUCGGGGGUCUUGGCAGAACAGUGGAACAACGUCAGGUACGCCUGCAAAGGCAGAAGAGAAAGGAAAGAGAUGCGACCGCUUCUGGGACCCCGGGAGUAACAAGGAUUGUUACAGACGUAUUGGCACAGCUAGGGUAUGCAACAGAGCCUGUGGUGCAAAGGAGGGUGGUGACGGCUGUUAAAGUAAAAGGAAAAGAGCCAGUGAUAGAGGAGGCUGACCAGGAGGAGCUCUGGGAAGAGGAAGAGCCGGUGCCGCAACACCUGACGAAGGUCCAGCGCAAAGUGUGUAAUUUGGCGCAGGGCGGACAGGGAUCAGGAAAAGCGCAGGCGCCUCAAACCCAGGCAGCAGCCCCUUUAAAUGUGGCGGCUCCAUCAUCUAGUACAGGCCCCUCGCAAGGCAGGGCGCCCUCCUAUGGACAGUGGCCCUGGCCAGUGAUCAACGCAAUUGUGCCAUGGGGAAGUACGCCGCCAGUAGCCGGACCGCAAACGAGUAUGCCACCACCCAUCUACCCCGCGGCCCAAGCCCAACCUGUGGCCCCGCCACCGUCACCUGAUCCCUGUUCACAGGGCAGUGUUGUAGGGGGUGGGAACCAGGGGCAGGGCAAUCAAGGCAAUGGAGGGAGGGGUGGAGGAGAGGGGCGAGGAAGGAAUGACGGCGGAAGAGGAAGGCAAUGGAAUGGCCAAGGCCAGGGGUACCAAGGCCAAAGGAGUCAGGGCCAGGGGUACCAAGGCCAAGGGAGUCAGGGCCAAGGGUACCAAGACCAGGGCUAUCAAGGCAAGGGGUAUCAAGGCCAGGGGGAUCAGGGAAGUCAGGGGUAUGGAAGACCCCGCUUUGACUGGAGGACGGCCAUCUGUCAACAUUGUGACCAACAAGGUCACACUAUAAGAUUCUGUAAUAUAAGACGGGAAGACGAGAGAAGCGGGCUGAUUUCCUCUACUAUGGAUGGGGAUAUCUACGAUCARUUUGGGGAGGCCAUUGACAAAAGGCUUGGAGGAGUGAGAGCUGAAGCCCAACGAAGAGCGGCAGCGGGACCACCGCCCCCUGCCAUGUUCAGGCUAUGGCAGGAAAAGGAGGAACCAUCGUUUGGGGUGGAAGAAGGGGGAAGUAAUGAGGAAGUGACUCAAGGGCUACGAGGAGGAAGUGAGACGGAAGAGGCCAUAAUCAUCGAGUCAGAUGACGAGGAGAAGGAGGAAAAAAUGGAGCCUCCGUCCGUCUUAUUGGAGAGGAUGAAGGACUUGCUGGAUAAGAUGGGGAGGUACCAACAGAAGUUGGUGGGCCUCUGUAAAGAAGUGAAAGGAUGGAGGUCUAACAUCCCCACAGUAUUCCUCUAUGACUCCGGUCCGGAGUCAGCGCCUAGGCGACCCGGAGUAAAUGUGUGGAUGAUGGAAUUAGCGCUGGCCAGCUCGCAUAGCCUGGUGGAGGAUAUGAGGACGAUUGAGGAAGGACCUGGCCAGGUAAAACGGCAUGAGGACUCGAUGGGAGGAAUGUAUCUCCUCGUCAAUACGUUAUUGCAGGAAAGUCUAGACCAGUCAGGCUCGUUGAACCCGGCAGGGAAUGUGGACGAAAUACCCGAGAGCCAGGACGACGAGUUCGAAGAAGGGGAAAUUAAGGAGGUUUUUCGUGCAGAGGAGUACGACGGGAUCUACCUGGAGCUGGGGCUUCUUCUGUCAUGUGAAAUGCGGCUAAGAGAUGCGAGCGAUAGGGCUCAAAGGAUGCUGCAACGCUACUUAGUGCGAGAUGGUCACCUUUUCGUGAGAACGAAAGUGGGGAAUCCCAGGAGGGUCGUCUGCGGUAGGAAUCGUCAGAUCGACGUCGUAGCAGCACUACACGAUGGCAUUGCAGGAGGGCAUCGAGGGGUACAAGCCACGUAUGCCAAGAUAAGUGAGUUGUACUACUGGGAUGGAAUGAUGGACAUGGUYGRRAAAUUHUGUCGAUCYUGCGURCCCUGCCAGGAGAGAUCCCGUUUAAGGCAGGGAGAGCCGCUGCAUCCAAGGUUAGAGCGAGAGGUAGGGGCCGUAGUGCAUCUCGAUCUGCUUUUUAUGCCACUUGGGGAUCAGGGCUAUAACUAUAUCUUCGAUGCGCGCGAUAACCUGUCUGGGUUCGUAGACGGGCGAGCUAUUCGCACAAAGACCGGAUCAGUCCUGGUGAGCUGCAUCGAGGAGUACUACCUACGUUAUCCUUUCGUCAAGGAAUUCGUAAUGGACAGGGGAUCAGAGUUUACCUGUCAGGAGGUGCAAGAACUGUUAGCAAGAUAUGGUGUGGCAGCCAACUACACCACGGCCGCGCACCCCCAGGCAAAUGCUCCCGUAGAGAGAGGACAUAGUACCAUUACGAACCUCCUGGCCAAAUGGACCGAAGGUAGGCCUAAUCAAUGGCCAAGAUACCUAAGAGCGGCUUUCUUUGUCGAGAACAUUACAGUAAAGAGAUCCACCAAGUACGCACCUGCGACGCUGUGGUACGAAAGGCAUGCCACCUUCCCUAUCAAAAGCUUUCUUAAGACGUGGAGGCGUCGGGAUCUGGAAGUCAACCUGCCAUUUGAAGAGUUGCUCGAUAUUCGGGCGCGGCAGGUCGGGGCGAUAGAAGAAAGGAUCCAGGAGGCAUCUGAUCAGAUGGCGAGAAGCCGUAUGGAUGAUAAGGCCCGAUGGGAUCAGUCUGCGCGAGUGAGGAAAGUACCCUUGGCAGUCGGGGAUGUUGUGCUUCUCUACGAUACGUCGCUGGAAAAGCAGUGGUCCAGGAAGCUCGAUAAGAGAUGGUCUGACUUUACGAAGACAGCCAUGCCAAGAGGAGGGAAGGGGACACGGCCGCCUGAGAGGCCGUUGGGCGCAUCAGGAGGAUAUGAGCGGCAUGGGCCUCGCCAACGAGAGAAUACUCCAGUCUACAAUGAUGGGGACAUCGAGCUAUUCUUGGACAGUUUUUGGGAGCAUGCGAGGCGUAUGGGCUGGAUGGUCACUCAGGCGAUUGAGAGAUUGAGGGGAACAGGUAGGUUCGAAGAGCCCAUUGCCAGGAUUCGUAGGGAGGCGACGACGAGGCAGGAGGUGGAGAUAAGGAUGGAGAAGUUGCGACCCUCGCCUGUGGGACCUGAUGGCAGGCCAAUCCGCCUGGAGAUUGGAAAUGCGUCGGACUUCAUCCCCGCGUUUGAGUGGUUUAUGCAAGAGCAGGGCAUACAGAGAGAUGAUUGGAUGCAGAUACUACCACUCUGGACCAGGAAGGCGGAAAGGUCACUGACUAUGCAGAUCAGGGACAUGGCACGAGAUUGGGAAAGCUGCAGGACACAUUUGAGAGAGGUCUUUCGACGGCCAGAGCUCCCUCAGCCCAGAGUCGAGAGACGGUAGAGGAGUCAGAGGCCGAGGGACCCUGAGACCAGGGAGGCGAGACCAU